ACACGCGGAAGCGACGGCUUCCACUGGUGUUUUGUACACAGUGGAUGUGCAGAGCCGUGCUGGACAAUUGAAAUUGCCCUGGAAUUGGUGUGUGUUUUAGACGCAUGCAGCCCGGUGUGCCAUGAUCCCCAUAGCGGUGGUGGUGUGUGUGAUGGGCGGCUGGUGUACCGUGUAUCUGGCGGAUACGCUGCUGCGGUCAUCCAGUUCGGUAAAGAACCGCUAUGAAUCAUGGUUAUCCUCGAAUGGAUUCACACUAUCUCCCUUCCAUAUCAAGUGGCACACGGGCAUCUUCAACCGUCUGUUUGCCAGAUGUGCUCAUUUCAACCCUCACUUUCUCUACAUCUGGUUCAGUGCUGGUAUGGUGUUCGGGGUUUUGGCGAUGUUUGGCUCAGUUGUUCUCCUGAGCAAAACAUUACUGCAGACUCUGCAUCAGAUGAUGGCAGACACACCGGACGGGUCCCACGAACAGGUUUUGCAAGUGGUGGUGCCUGGUGUAAAUCUUCCUGUCAGUCAACUGGCCUAUUUUUUCAUCGCUAUCUUGGUCAGUGGAGUCAUACAUGAGUUUGGCCAUGGGGUGGCAGCACUGAGGGAGCAGGUGAGGCUGAAUGGUUUUGGCAUGUUCAUGUUUGUGAUUUAUCCCGGAGCGUUUGUGGAUCUCUUCACCACACAUCUGAACCUCAUCUCUCCAGUCCAGCAGCUCAGAAUAUUCUGCGCUGGAGUCUGGCACAACUUCAUGCUGUGUGUUGUGGCUCUCAGCUUCCUGUUCUUGCUGCCCAUCUUUCUGUUUCCCUUCUAUUACACCGGAGCAGGAGCGCUGGUCACUGAAGUGGUGGAGGGUUCUCCCUCGAGUGGACCUCGUGGGCUAUUUUUAGGUGAUCUGAUCACACAGCUGGAAGACUGUACAGUUCGGGGUGUACAGGACUGGCACAGCUGCGUUCAGCAUCUAUCCCAUAAUCCUCAGACAGGCUACUGCGUCCACACUGCCAAACUCCAUCUCAGCUACACGCAAGGAAGAGCAUUCAAGCGUCUGGAUGGCACUAUGGAGUGCUGUGGGAACAACAGCUUGACAGACCUCUGCUUCUCUUACAGUAACAACGUGGAGAGCAAAUUAUUUGCCUGCCUGCCGGUGAGAAAGACCAUUGAAGCGAGUCGUACAUGUCACACCAACACAGACUGUCAAACAGACUUCACCCCAAGCUUGUGUUUAAUCCCUUCUCUGGAGAACCAGACCCGAUUGAUCCGGGUCAAACAUCCUCCACAAACAGACAUGCUCUUUGUCGGAUACUCUUCACACCUACAGUAUUCAGUGAGUCUAACCAAUUUUGUUCCUCGGCUGGGCUUUCUUCAUCCAGACUUGCCUGUCAUGCUGGAAACCUUCUGCAAAUACCUGGUCUCACUGUCCGGGGCUCUUGCAGUGGUAAAUGCAGUUCCAUGUUUCGCUCUGGACGGUCAAUGGAUGCUCACAGCCUUCCUCGAAGCCACGCUGAGCUCCGUUAUCCAGGAGAGGAACAACCGAGAGCUGAUCGGCUUCUUUUUUCUACUGGGAGGCAGUGCUCUUCUAGCAGCAAAUGUGGCUCUGGGCCUGUGGAUGGUCACGGCACGGUAACACACACCCAUCUCCUCCAAUCAGACGGUUUGGGGGAAAUGUUGAUUCAAUAUCCUUCUUGAACUGAUGGAGGAAACCACUGGGUUGUUUUACCUUUGCUGGUUAUUGUCAGGCUGUAGAACCAAAGGGUUUAGAUCGUUGCUUUAUCCGAGAACACUGGUGAUCUUGGUUUGAUUGGCUUGAAUAGAAACAAGCGGUAAAGAAGAUCUUGAAGCUGUGUGCUUUUGCAAUGUGACCUCAGGACAGCACCAAUAGUGCCGUAUCUGAUCAAUAUGUGAUCACAUUGUGUCUGAUUCAUCAUGCAAACCCACAAAUGAAGCUUUAAUAACAAAUACAUGAUGGAUUUUGAAGGCAUUAAAUGCCUGUUUGGCCUUUUUGUCUUCCUUAUACAUAUGAUAUCCGUAGGUUUAAAGGUGUAGUUCACCUCAAAAUGAAAUUUAUUCGCUAUUUACUCAUCCUCAAGUGGUUAUAAACCUUUAUGAGUAACUUUCUUCUGUUGAACACUAUAGAAGAUAUUUUAAGAAAGCUGAAAACCUGUAACCAUUGACAUCCGUAGUAGGAAAAACAUAUACUAUGGAAGUCAAUGGAUAGAGGUUUCCAGCUUUCUUCAACAUGUCUUAAUUUCUGUUCAAAGGGAGAAGAAGCUCAGAUACGAUUGGAACAAGCAAAGUAAAAAAUAACAGAAAUUAAAAAAAAAAAAAAA